AUGGCGCAUCUGGCUGCCGGGGACUGGGAUGCGAUCAAGGCCUUCAUGAUCGAGCGGGUGAACCUCCCGAACUGCAAAGGCCCGGCAGGUCACACCGGGCUUGAUGGCUCCCGGUGGUAUCGGAUGAUCGGCGCAUGGGAGAUUCAGGGUUUCGUGAUCUGCGAGACAUGCUAUCAGGAGCUGGUGGCGUGGAAUCAGCUAAAAAGUUACUUCGCCACAACGCCGACAAUCAAGUCGGAUGAGCAUUUAUGGACAUGCGAUGCGGCGGUGGUGCCGCUAAUCAAGGAAGGACUCCGUCGGGCGAUCGCGUCACCCCACCGCUGGGAUGAGCUGCACCGCCUUUUUCGACGCCGGAUGGAGUAUCCCUCGUGUCUGGAGACGAAAAACCUCCUGGCCGGCUCGACCUAUUGGUACGCUUGUAAGGCGGUGCCCGACCUGGUCGUAUGCACGGCAUGCUACCUGGACCACUUCGUGUUGGACUACGCCAGUUCGUGGGAGCUCCACCCCCUCACGCCAGAGCAGCAACAGCAGCGAUUCGAGUGUGGGAUGCAGACACUUCAAAUUUAUGCUGCCUUGGGUGUCUGCAAACAAAUUGGUAUCGCAGCAAACACCGACGAGUACGACGGCUUCGAGACAUUGGCCCGGAUGAUCCUCGAGUCCCCUCCCUGCAAUGCAGAGGACAUGCGCAACGCGACCUGGUACGCCCCCAAGGAUUGCACCGUCGAUGUCUACGCCAUCUGCAGACGGUGCCUCCUCGGCUUCAUGGCCCCUCCCGGGUUCGCUCGCGAGUUCAAAGAAGUCGAGUCCCGGCGCGGGGGCAACUGGCUCUGCGACCUGCACCCUACAACACCACGAUUCCGAAAGUAUCUGGCAAAAUACGCGGCCGCAGUGAAGCUAGAAGACUUCUCCUUCUUCUCCAAAUAUGUGGUGGAGUGGACACCAUACCCGGAAUGUCCCCGGAACGAAGCCUGCACGAACCGCAAAUGGUAUGGGGAGGGCCGCUUUACUGCAUGCGAACUCUGCUACAAGGAAGCCAUGGAGGGGGCGAGCCUGGCCAGUCGUCUCGACUGUGCCCUGGUCCCGAACGAAGCCCGAUGCCAGAUGUACUCUCGGCGAAUGCGGAAUCUCUGGCGGCAAGCUUGCGAGAACAACGACCUAGACUCCUUCCUGGCGCUUGCAAACGAGCGCAUGGACGCGUUUCUGUUGAUGAACAUGGAGAAGGAGCGCCAGUUGGCCGAGAUGAGCAUUCGCAUGUCACAGAGGAACACCUUGCUACUGGCGUCCUCGAUGAAUACGGGAAUAGACGGAAUUGUUUCGGCGGCGCGAGGUGAUAACGGUACCCGGUGGGGGAAUUCGAGCAUCGGGUACAUCUGGCAGACGAGCGCAGGGGCUGAGGGCCGUCUGCAGUUUGACCAGGCAAUGGGGAUGAAUGUCGUGCCGGCCUCUUCGGACCUUGCGCGGAUGGCGCCUGUGAUGCAGAGGUGGGCGGAAUUGGAGUAG